AUGAAGAAGAGUCGCACUUCUUGUGGUGCAUGUAAAAUACUGAGGAGAAGGUGCAAUGGCUCCUGCUUUCUCGCCCCUUACUUUCCCUCAAGCGACCCCAACAAGUUCUUUGUUGUUCAUAAGGUGUUUGGUGCAAGCAAUCUCAUCAGACAUCUCAAGGAGGUGGAUGUGAAGGAAAGAGAUGAUGUAGUGAAAAGCAUGGUUUACGAGGCAACCGCAAGGCUCACAGACCCAGUAUAUGGGUGCACUGGAGCCAUUUUCUCUUUGUUAAAGCAAGCAAAUGACUUGCGAUCCCAACUAGCAAAGGCCAUGGAAGAGAUAGCAGAGAUUCAAGAGCAAUGCAGACAUCUUAUGGCAAUCUUAACAGAUGAUACUAAUUGGUACUCAUUUCAGGUGUACAGUGACGACAACAUUAGCUACCUCAACAAUAAUAACAAUGUUUCAAAAUGGUUAAUGAAAGUGGAAACCUCCUAGUAGAGGAAGAAAUUGGUGUUUAAAUGGUCUGAGUAAGAUCCCUACAAGAGGUAGUAA